CCCCACCCAGCAGUUGCUUUUCCACUCAGGAUCCUCUCAGUCUGUGGCGAAGGCUUCAGGUGACUGGAGCUUUGCUGCGGCUGAGUGACGACCCCUUUGUGUCUCCUUUUCAAGGCGAUUGCCAGGCUCCACUGGCAACUGAAGGUUCCCUGCUGUGGCUGCAGUUUCCUAGCUUUGCAAGCGUGCAAAGGUCUCUUCGUGAGGUGACUGGGACUGAGUCUAGGCUCAUUCACUACAGCGAGCGCUCCGCAAUGAAACCUCAUUCCCAGACCAGUCCCCUCUCCCUUCCCAUGCCUUAUGCAGGCCCCAGGCCAGGUGAGGCACAGCAGCCAAAAGCCUGGAACUGGCAUUUGGACCCUGAGCUGUGGGCAAGAUCAGUUCGUCAGCAAUUGAAUACCUGCCUCCGCUUUAUUCUGGAAGAGAGAACGGUACCUUCGACUUCUGACAAGCUAUCCUCAGGGAUCACUGGAUGUACCUGCGGCAGCCAAGAGCACUCCUGGAACUGCCUGAAGAAAAAGGAGCACCUUAGGGCAGUGGUUGAGGCAGAGCAGCAGAUGCUGCUGGGACUGCUCAUUUCCGAGCUUCACUCUCUGUUGUCAGCUGUGCUGCAGGACUGCAGCUGUGAGGCUUGGCGUUAUCUGCAUGCAGUACUGGGCCUGUUGCCUCCAUACCGGGAGAUGCUGGCUGGUCAACUCGAUUUGCUGCCCUUCCUGGAGCAGCUGUACUCCUGGGCACCCCGGAUCCAGUCCCAACUCCAGCUGGACCUGCUAGAUGCCAUAGACAAGGCUUUCCCCCCAGACAGCUCUUUGUUACAAUGUUCCUCCCAUGCUGACUGCCAUCCCUGGAUAAGGAGGUCUCAUCGAGAGCCCCCAAGCUCAGCAUGCCCUUUUGUGAAGGCCAAGUGGAGUGGACAAAAAAAAAAGGAACUGGCCACUUGGCUACAACCACUGACACUGCCUGAGCUACAGCGCUGCCUGGGCAUUGUUGGUGCUGAGGUGGCCUUAGAAGAGAACCAGUGGCUGGAUAGUCUCAGUCUCUUGCCCUUGGCACUGGCGACAGACAUCCCUGUAAAUUAUGAAAGCACUGAUACUGACCACACAGAAGGGGAGCCUGCAGGAGGAAAAUCUCAGCUUGCCUCUGAAGCUUCUGAGGAGAAGGACUUCAAGAAGAAACAGUCUAAGACUUCCUUCUUGAGAAGCCAGGUGAAAUCCCUUCUGAAGUCAGAGUGGCAGCAGAAGAAGAUCCAUUUUGUUUAUCUCAAUGUGGCUCCUGAUAGGCACUUUAAUCCUUACAAGCUGGUGGUGGUGCCACCCAGCAAGGUGAAUCCGGAACACUACAUCUUUUCUCCCUUUGGGAUCCUGCACGUUCACCCUGUGGAGGGCUGCGAAACAAUGUCGCUAGGUACUUGGCACCGUGACUCUGCCAUCUGGCACGAGCUCCAACGCAUUCCAUUUUUUAAGAAUUGCCUCUUACGAAAGGCUUUGACAUGCUGGAAGAAGAGCAUGGGGCUGUAUGGGCUGCACCGGAUCCAGGCCUUCCUGGAGAACAACCUGCUCCUGGCUGUCCCUCACUUUGGAGCCGGGAUGCUCCACAUUAGCAGGCUUCUUCAGGAGUUUCGCUCUGUGUCCUGGCUGCCUAAGGAGCCAGAUAAGAGCUAUGAGCUGCUGGACCUGCAAAACGCCAUAGCCAAAGAGAACCACAAGGCUCUGCGAAUGUUCUGUCGCUUUCAGAAUCUCUGUACAUCCAUUCUUCAACUGAUUCAUGAAGACACAUACCAAAUGCAACAGGGUAUACAGGAGCGACUGCAAAACUGGAACAGGAUCAGGAAAGGCCAAGGCUCCAUAUACCUUCACAGGCUGCUGUGCAGGCAGCUGGAGAAGAAGCAGAAGCAGGCAGAAACAUGGUUGCUGAAGCUGGGAAAGUUUGCCCGCCUGAUUGACUACAUGAUUUGUCAGAACCUUGUUUCCAUUUUAGAAGAAGAAAUAACUUCCUUUGUAGCCACCACUUUUCAGGCCCCAAGGAAAAACCCCUUUCUCUUAGCACAGCUUGCUUUUGAUGACAAUGGCCAUUUGUCUCCUGUGCCCUGUGUUGAAACUAUAAUCCAGAGUCUCACUAAGAGCCUGCAUUCUAUCAAGACCUCUGCCUUAAAGGUAGUGAAAUCUAAAGACCAGAAGACCUCCAGAGAUCACCUGUUCUUUGAAGACGAUAAGGACCAGGACUCAAAUGCUCAAUUCCUGAUGCCCAAGUUCCAUGGAAAGCCCAGCGAUGCUGUUCACCUCUUCUGUGGCCCGAACGUAGGAUUUGUGUGGACAUGGAAGUCUCAUGCAAUUACUGAUGUCCUAGAAGUCCGAGGGCACCGGCUACGGGGUCAGUAUCUGCACCCCAGUUACAGUCAUGUGCAGAAGGACUUGGACAACAAUGCUUCAAUCCAACAAGCACUGGCUGUGCAAAAGGCGUUCCUGGAGGACAUGCUGCAGGAGGUGAGGGAAUUCUGCAGUGAACAACAGUGGGUAGAAGGCAUCAAGGAGUUUCUGAAAGCCUGGAACCAUCAGAAGCUGGAGGACCUGAGAGGAUCUCCCAUCAAGGACUAUGUAGUACUGAUAUGCCAGCUGAAAGACUGGCAGGAACGUGUCUCCAAGAUGCCUCUCCAGUUGCUGACAAAUGGCAAGCUGCUGCUCCUGAGUGUCCACGAUGUUCAAGCACAGCUGGAAUCUAAGUUAAAUAACACAAGGAAGAGCAUUCUUGACCAGGUGCAAAGUGAAUGCUGGAGCCGUAAUCAUAAGCUUAUGACAGAGCUGACGGAAUUCUUGCGGGUCUUCCAAGCCAUCAACUCAGACAUUCAUACCAUUGCAAAAUGCUCCCAAAAAUUGAAUGAAGCCAAUGAGCAAUAUGGCCAGCUAGAGGAGCAAGUAGAAUAUGUCAGGUCACUUCAUGAACUCAUCCGCAACCACUGUGACUUUUUCAUCGCUGAAAAUGAGACCCUAGACAUCUCGCUUCUGGAUAUGUGGGAGACAUUUCAGUUUGAGAGAAGCCAGGCUUCAGAGUUCCUGCUCAGCAAGCGAAAUUCCAUUGUGCCCAGGCUGCAGCAGCUGAUUGCAUCGGCAUUAGGAGAGCUGGAAGGCCUGCUGGAGAAGGCCUUGUCUGGUCCCUUCAUGGAUCCUUCACAAGAGCAGAGGAACACUGAGCACCAGCUUGCUGCCUUGGAGCAUCAGUUCCUGCACACAGUUGACAACUUCAAUGGCCUAUGCCAUGCUUAUGUCACCUUCACUGGGGAUAAGAGUCCUGUGACUCCACCCGCUUCUGGGAGCCGGCCUAUAGUACAGCAACAGCGCAUCUGGCGGCUCUACCGAAUCAUCUCUGAAAACUUCAGCGAGUGGAAGUGCAUGGCUUUUUCCAAGUUCAACCUUUCUAUGGCCCGGGAGAAGAUAGAAGCCUGGCUGAUAGAGGCUGCGCGGCUCAGCACAACCUUGGGACUGCAGAGCCCUGUGCUACAGCGCUGCAUGCGCAUGCUCAAGGAGUUUGGAAGCUACCUGCCCUUGCUCACCAAGCUGAGCAACUUCCAGCUGCAGAACUUCAAUUGCCAAGCUCUCUUGAGAGCGUUAGGGCUGGGAGGUCUCCAAAACCUGAAACUUCUCACCCUUGGCCGGCUGCUCAACUGUCCACUGCUGGAGUUUGCAGAACGAAUCAAUCAGGUCUGGCAGACUAACAAAGAACGAAUCCAUGCCCAAGAAAUCCUACAGCAAAUGCAGCAGUACUGGGAGAGGCGCCAGCUGCGCCUGCUCAACUUCACCUUGCAUGUGCCCUACAAGACUCCAGACUCAGAGCAUUCCAAAACACAGGCAUUCCAAAGCCCCCAGUGGGAGUUGGUGGGCAAGGACAGUGGCACCUUCCUCCUCUCAGACUACAGCAGCCUGCAAGAUGCCAUCCAGAACAGUCUCCAGGCACUACUCAAGAUCUUAGCCAUCCAAAAGUCAGGAGACUUGCAUAAGACCGCUUUAGAGUGGGUGAAUAUCAUGUAUGGCCUGGGUGCUCUGCUGGAGGUAUGGGUGGCUUUCCAGCAGAAGUGGAUUUUUCUGAAUAAAGUUCUACAUGAGAUGAAGAUCCAGUUUCCUUCUGCUGAGCUGAAUGCCCGUUUCAAGGUCAUGGAUGAUCAGUAUCGGAUGCUAAUGCACAUCUCUGUAGCGGACCCAAAGGUUCUGUCACUUAUAGUACCCAAUGCCAAGAGAAGCCCUUACUUCCAAGGCCAGCAUCUCCAGCAACUCCUGAAAGCAGGAGCUGUGGAGCUGGAGGCCAUCAUCAUGGCUCUGGAGGAUGUCCUCUAUGGAGUAUGUGCCCAAUUCCCCCGCCUCUUCUUGCUCAGUGACAGUGAACUGGUGGCCCUUCUGGCUGCCCCUCUAGAGACCUCUGAUGCCCAGCCAUGGGCACAGCGCUGCUUUCCUCACAUUAAAGCCGUGAGAUUCAAAUCCAAUGAAACUGAUGAGGAAAGGAAGAAUUCCCAGGAUUUGAGCUCAAAUACAGAGGCUCCUGUGGAGACAAUUGCUGUGCUAGGGGCAUGUGGAGAGGAAGUGAAGCUUCAGGAGCCCCUUCUUCUGCAUCCAGAUCUUCCUAAGUGGCUAGCCUCUUUGGAGAAGUGCCUGCGUUUUGUAAUGGUGAACCUGCUGCAGAGCUGUGUGUCCACCCGCCUUGCUCGAGGCCCAUCCCUACUUAAAACAUUGAAGGAAAUGCCUCAACAAAGACAGGUGUCCAUGUACCUGUAUGUCCAGCACUGGCUAGAUGCCAUCCAAGUUUUUCCAUGGCAGUGCAUACUGGUGGCAGAGCAGAUAGUGUGGCGGGCUGAGAUGGAGGAGGCUCUGCUUAAGUGUAGGAGCAUACGUAUGAGUCCCGUACAUGUACAUAAGCUUGAGAUACUGGUUCAAUUCAUACGGGCUCAGAGGCACUCCCAGGGUGAGCAUCUUCGGCCUUCUGUUCGCCAGACUAGCCUAUUCAGUACCCUGUUGGUCAUGGCAAUGACUCAUAGGGAUAUAGCACAACUCCUGGAGAAGAACCAGGUCAGUGAUCUGACAGACUUCCACUGGGUCCGCCAACUUAAGUAUCACCUGGGUUCAUCUCACUUGAACCUCAAAAACCCUCUGCAGUGUCUUAAGACUAUUGCAUCUGCUGAGCCCUCUCUGUCACCAGCUACAUGCUGGGUAGAUGUGCUGGGCCGGUCCUUCAUAUACAAUUAUGAGUACCUGGGUCCCAAAUUGGGGCCUCUACCAACCCUGAUGUAUGAGCAGCAAGUCUUGGUUCUCUUAUUGGCCCUGGAGGAGGUGGCCUGUGGUACCCUACUAGGCCACUACGGUUGGGGCAAGACAGAAACUGUGAAUAACCUGGCAUGGGCGCUGGGCCGCCAGCUGGUAAUAAUGCCCUGCUUGCCCCAGACAGAGUUCCGAUGUUUGAGCAAUUACUUGAAUGGUGCCCUUCAGGGUGGAGCCUGGCUGCUCUUGGAAGAUGCUCACCACCUACCUCCCAGCUUGCUGUCUGCCCUGGGCCAACGUCUGGAUGAACUGCACCAUUGUUAUGCCCCACUAGCCCGGAACGCUUCCAAAAACAUCAGUGCCAUCAACCCUGCGAAGCCCCUGUUCAUCGGUGCUGGCUGCUUUGAGAAUCACUGUGUAUCCAUGCACCUGGGGUACGGCUGUUUCCUGACGUUCCCUGCUCUGAGUCCUACUGUGCCUGCCAAUCUGCACCUGCUGCUGCGUCCCGUGGCCCUGACAUGGCCUGACCUGCAGCGAGUGGCAGAGCUGAACCUCCUGGGAGCAGGCGUGCAGGAUGCCUCCCGCAUGGCUACUCGCCUAUCCAAAUUAUUCUCCCUAGAGCGGGAGCUGGUGUCUGGGGCCUUGCCCUGCCGCUUGUCACUGCUUAAGCAGGUACUAGAAGAUACAAUACAGACACUAAAUGCAACUGAGGAAGAAAAGUCCCAGAAACUCCACAACCUAGCUUCCCCUGAGGAGACUGCCCUACUGCGUGCCCUGUUGCAUUCACCACUGUUCAGCAUUCUUGAUGGGCUCCGCCUGCAAAAGCUCCGAGAGCUGCUCUGUGGGAUUUUCCCUAAUGCCAGCAAUGUGCUGGCAGAGCCUAUGACCCACAGACUGGUGAGGUCAGUGAUGGUGGAAGAACUCCAGCAGUUAGGCCUGCUUCCCACCCCUAACACAUUGAUGUCUCUGGAGCAGCUCAGUCAGGCCCUGAGCCGGACCUCUGGCAUUUUGCUCCUGGGCCCCGCGGGCAGUGGCAAGAGUACUUGUUGGAAGAGCUUAUUUAAGAUUCAGAAUCGGCUGGCAGCCAUGGAACACACCUCGAAGCAGGGGCUCGAGUCUGUGGAAGUCGCCCACCUGUAUCCCAGUGCGCUCAGCUCCCAAGAAUUCCUAGGGUGGUCAGAAGGGCCCUCCUGGCACCAUGGCAUCUUUCCCAGGCUCCUGUGUUCCUCCCCUCAUUGUAAUUAUGUGAGCUCAGAAGGGCAGUCAGAGACAUUCACAGGGAUCCAGCAAUGGAUAGUAUGUGACGGGGCCCCUAACCCUGCAUGGGUAGACUCCAUCACUUGCCUCCUGAGUUACCCUCCACAGCUGAGUCUCCCAAAUGGCCAGCAGAUAGCAAGACCCCUGAGAACCUUUUUCUUGAUAGAGGUGGCAGACACAGCAGGCAUGUCUCCUACAGUGGUAGGCAGGUGUGCUCUAGUCUGGUGUUGUGGGGAGCACACUUGGCAGUGCAUGCUUAAUGUCUUGAUGGCCUCUCUGCCCCAUGAAUACCACCUGCAUCAAGAGACAAUCACCGAGCUCAACCAUUUAGCUGAAGUGCUGGUGCCUUCAGUGUUCAGAUUCCUGACUUGCAUAGGUGCCAGUUCUCUGCUACAGGUACAUGGACAUCAGGGUGCUUGCCCGGGUGUGGCAGAGGUUACCAGCCUGGCCCGCAUCUUGCGUGCUCUACUUGACCCCCAUUUACGCUUAUUUGAGGAGGAGAAGCCAAACACCCAAGAGGACUUCAGUGGCAGCAAUGUUGUGACCCAGAGCUUCAAAUUUCCAAAAAGGAGGCCCCAGUCUGACAGUGGCAAUGUGAAUAAAAAGCAGAGGAGACACUUACUGGCUAUCAGCAGCUUUCUUUUUGCCGUAAUCUGGGGCUUUGGAUCCCACCUUCCCUCCAGGCACUGGCCUCUCUUUGAUAACUUCAUGAGGAAUUCUAUUAGUUCCCUGACCAACUACCCUGAGCCACCUCCUUCAGCCUUGGUGUUUGAUCUACAUGUGAACCUUGAAGAUGGGACACUGGUCCCCUUCUCUGGCCAGUACCUGAGCAGCCAUGUCAGAGGAAGUCUGGGUACUUUCCAGCCCUCUUCCCAGACAGAACAGCUCUUGUACGUGGUGGACCUGCUUCUAUCAAAUGGACAGCCAGUGCUGCUUGCUGGAGAGAUGGCAACAGGGAAGUCGGCUUUUGUGGAGGUGCUUGUGGUGCCAAAUCACCCUUCCAUUCACAGCCCCAUCCACUCCGCAGUAAGCUCUACCCACCUUCGUCACCUGCUGAGCAGAGGGGUCCAUGGCCAAACACAAGCCAACACAACCCCCAGUCAUCACCAGGACUCCAAAAGCUCGCUCCUUUUCCUGAUGGAAGAUCUACACCUGGCUCCUUCUGACCCAGAGAAGAGCUGCCAGCCAGUGCUGGAGACUCUGCGCCAGGCAAUGGAAGGCACCAUCUAUGCCCACAACACCUUGGAAUUACAGACUCUGCAGCCGACAGUCAACUUCCUUGCCACUGCUACAGUGCCAGGCUACUCUGAGCGCCCGCUCUGUCCACGCAUCUUCCGACUCUUCACAGUGCUGGCUCUGGAAAGCAUGACUCAGGACACCUUCUUGAGGAGGCAUGUACCUGGCAUCCAAGCCUGGCUUGAGCGCUUCCCCUCUAUGGAGCGGGAGCACACUCUGGCAAGAGCCCUUGUCAGAGCUUCAGUGAAGGCGUGGGAGGCUGUGUGCGCCUGCUUCAUGCCUUCCCCGCUCCGACCGCACUACCGCUUUUCCCUGCAUUCCGUGAGCCACAUUCUGGGAAGCCUGCAGCUGUUGCCUACCAGAAUGGGGUCACGAGGUUUUACAGAUUUUUUCCAUCACCGGCAUCAUCUGCGCCGGGUAUCCGGCUUGCGUGGAACUCGCCUGACUACCAUGAUGUCUGUGCGCGUCAUGGUGCGUCUUUGGUUGCAUGAGGCACAAAGAACAUUUUGUGACCGGCUGGACAGUGAUAGGGAACGUUCCCAAUGUGCUAAUCUGCUUCUAGAAGUAGCUCAGAGUGUCUUCUGUUGUAGGCCAGAGUCUCAGCCCUUGGUCAAGGACUGUGAGGAGGAGGUGGAGGAGGAGAAAGUGCCCGAAGUAGAAUCUGAAGGGGAAAUAGCCCAGUGGGAGGACUUAAGCAACAGUGACAGUGGAUCAGAGAAUGAAGAGGACCCGUAUGGCCUCCAGGCCACCACAGGCUCACUCCUCAGUGAGAGCAGUCUAGCAUCAUUCCCCAUAAGGUCAGUAAACAAGGAGAACACAGAAAGUGUCACCCAUAUGGGCGAGCAGAAGGAAGAUAGAAGAGAUUUUAGUGGUAAACUCCAGUCAGAGUCAUCCAAGAGUGAGUGGAAGACAGCACCCCCGAUGGAAUCAGUUUUACCCUUGUUGCUACCAGUGCUAUUGCUCUAUCCCCAGGAGAAGCCCUCAGACCUGGUGUUCAGUCUGGAGCUUAUACUGAGCUCUAACUUAGAGAGUUCCAACUUCUAUUUGGAACGGCAGUGGGAAAGCCUGGAGAAGCAGUUGGCUGCCUCAGCUGUGCAGCUGAAGCUGAACCCCCACCUUGCCCAAUGCCGCAUGAUGGUCCAGCACGUGGCUCGCCUGGUCCGAGUUCUGGCUAGGCCCCGGCAGCAUGGUCUACUGUUCUCAGUGGCUUCAGGUACUGGGCGCCAUACAGCCAUCAGCAUGGCUUCUAGCAUCUGUCAGGCUCAACUCUUUCAUUUGCCGACUGAGUCAGAGGAAGCUAUUUUACAAUGUCUCCAAGAUGCCAGCUGGCAUGCUGGCAUGUUGAACGAGCCGGUGGCUCUUCUGGUGCCUAAGAGUGUAAAUGUCACUACUUUUGAGCGGCUGAUGGCCCUGGCGACCUUGGGCAGCUUCCCCAACCAGUACACCGCAGCAGGUCUGGAUCACAUCCAAGAGCGCCUCCCCAAGGACAGCCUUAGGGCCAAACAUGUCAAGGAUGCACUGCUGCAUAGGUUCUACCAGCAAGUGUGUAGCAACCUCCACAUGUUCUUUCUGAUGGGAGAUGACCGAGCUCAAAAGCACCUGCCCUCUACCCUUCUCCUGAGGCUCCUUCAAUUGACCAUUGCCAGUGUUGACCGCUAUGAACCCUGGGAUCAAGUUUCUCUGGUCAAGAUUGCCCAGCAGCACCUGGAGAAGGUUGAGAGUCUACCUCUUGAUGAUGGCUUCUUGAAGUGCCCAGAUUUGAAGGCCUCAGUUCCUACUCUGGCUAGAGUCAUGGCUCUUGUCCAUCUUUCGUCUGCCUGUUACCAUCAGCAUGUAUGCCCUGCAUUGCCACUCACCACCCCCAAGACCUUCCUGGACUUCUUGGACAUGUUCCUGCAGCAGCAGCAGCAGAUGAUUCUACAGAUGAGGGUGAAGGCCCAGCGCAUCCACACUGCCCUGAAGACUCUGACACUACUGGUUGAGAGGAAUAGCAACCAAACUAACCUGCUCAGUGACUUGGAAAAGCGGCUGAACGGCACCUUCAAAAACGUUGCUAUGUAUCAAACCCAGCUCAGACAAACCAGGAUCGUCUAUAAGCAGAAGAUGGAAGAAUGCCAACAGCAGGAGAGCCUCAUUGAGAAUCUGGUCAGGCAGCAAGAUGCCCUACAGGCUCAACAGGAGGCUUUCCUGGAGCUGAUGAGCAAGGCGUUUCUAGGUCCUUUGAACCAGCUGCAGGUGGCGGACUUUGAGGAAAUAAGGAGCUAUCGAGCCCCACCAGAAUCUGUAGUCCGGGUGACAGAUGCACUGUGUGACCUGUUCCACCAUGAGACAGGCUGGGCCAGUGCCAAGCAGCUGUUAUGUACUGAAGAUUUUUAUCAGGAACUGGUAUUCUUCCCCAAGGAGAAGCUGACGGCAUCAGAGCUGAUAAAGUUAAAUGAAGCUCUGCAGGCCCCAGGUAUGAGCGAUGCGGCCUUGAGGUCAGUAAGCAUCCCUGCAGCAAACCUGACAGUGUGGCUCUGGGCUGUUCUGCGCUACGGGCUGGCACAUCAUCGGGGCUUGCCCACUGGCCUGCUGCUGCGGCAGGUAGAUGCAGCACUGGCUCGGGAGCAGGCCCGCCUGGGCCAGUUCCAGUUUCAGGCCCACGAUCUGCUGCAGCAAACUUUGUCCCUGACUAAGAAGCUAGAAGAUGCCCAAGCCUCUUAUAGCCAUGUCAUGGAGUGCCUCAACCACGCACAAGGUGGAGAGUAUAACAAAUGGCCCAUGAACUCUGCACUGCUCACACCCAUGCACAUGUGGACUAAGCAGCUCCAGAAGUUGAGGCAGCAUUGCAAGACUGUGUUUGGAGAUGCUCUCUUGUGCUCGGCUGCCGCUGUCUAUCUGGGCCCCCUCCCACCACAGCGGCGCCAAGAACUGCUAGAAAAGUGGCUGUCUCUGUGUCAGGGCUUCGAGGAAGCCCUGGCCCCAGAUGAUGUGGCACAGGCGCGGAGGCAGAAGUCUGUUGGGGCACCACCAAACACCCCUCUGCUGCCCACACGUACUCCCUUCAAGAUUUUUACCCUGCUGGGCAGUGGAUCAGAGCAGCACCAAUGGGACCGAGACAGAAGGCCCCAAGCGAAGUCAGCCCGCCUGGCAGGCCUGCUGCUGCUCAGCCACAUCAACUACAACGGUUACCGCUGGCCUCUGCUGCUGGACCCCGGCAACCAGGCCCUCAUCUGGCUGAGCCCACUACCUCCAAAACAGACGUGGCUGGCGCAACUUCCCAAAGAGAGCAAAGAAAAGAGCCUGGUGACAAAUCAAGACAAUGAGGAUGAAAAGAAAGAAGAAGUGGAAGAUGAUGAUGAAGAUGGAAAUAAGGUCAGGGACCAAACCAAAGAGCAGAAAACAGAGGAAAACAAGAGUGAGGAGGAGAAGGAGCAGGAGGCCCAAGAAACAGAGAAAGAGAAUGGAACAGAGAACUCCAGCUCAAGCCAAACCUCUGGGACUCAGUCUCCACCCCUCUGCCUCUCUGUGCUCUCAGGUACAGACCAAGAUUUGGGUCCACAGCUCCUGGAGGCAGCUGCCAAUGGCCUGCCUGUGCUCUUGACCAAUAUGGAGCUGAGCCUCGGGUGCCAAGAACUUCAGUGGCUGCUGUCAAGGGAGAAUCUGGGCCCACCCCGCGUGCAGCCUGGCUUCUGUCUCUAUCUGAGCACUACCCUUCCCAUCCGUGCUUUGGAACAAGUACUAGGUUGUGAUUUGCUGAAAAAGGUGAAUGUUCUGGAUCUGGGUCUAAACAUGGAGAUACUAGAAGAACAGAUGCUGCAUGAAAUCCUGUGCAGAGAGCGCCCCGAGCUUGAAACCCGCUGGCAGGACCUCAAACUCAGUGCAGUGGAUACCUCUAAAGCUGUGGAGGAUGCUGAGGAACAGUUGCUGAUGAUAUUGCUACAAUACAAUGGAAGGUGUCCGAAAUCAUCCAAGCUUCUGAGACAAAUGGUGAGGACUCAGGCAAAGCUAUGCCAACUGAGAGCUGACUGGGAAGAGCUAGAAGAACAGAAGCUGGAGGAGGCGGCGGUGUGGGCACCCUACCGGCAGGUAGCUUGGCAUGCAAUGACUGUGGUGGAGGCUCUAAGCACACUGCAGAACCUGCUGCCAUUUUUCUGUAUGAAUUCAGAGAACUGGUUGGCAGUGACAAGGCGGGCACUAGACAACAUGAAGCCGCAUGAUAGUCAUCAUGGAGAGGACCUGGACAGCCAUUUGCUGAAGGUGAAAGUAUACCUGACCCGCCAGCUGCUGAGUAACGCUGUGGCUGUCCUAGGCUUGACCCAUGCGCCCCUCGUGGGUGCCUUGGGUGCUCUGGCCCUGCUUCAAGUGACAAAGAUGACACCAAAGCUAGAAAGAUUGGCGCUGUGGCCUGGACUGUCAGCCUCUCCCAGCACAGGCCAAACCACUCAGGUCCCUGGUGUGGUUAAGCCAGCCUGGCUAGGUAUAAGAGCCUGGCAAGAAUGUGGAGUGUUGGAGGAGCUGUCUGCAUUUGCUGGGCUUCGUGCAUCCCUGGCAGGCCACUCCAGUGUGUGGCAAGAUUACCUGUCCCUAUCAUCCACUGUGCUAGGGCCUGCACCUGGUCCUAAUUCUGAGCCACUUAGCCUCUUCCAGAAGCUGAUCCUGUGGCGUGUACUGAGACCAGAUUGCCUGGCAAGUGCCCUAGCAGACCUCACCACCAGCCUACUAGGUCGGCCACUAGAAGAAGACCUAGGUGCCCCUACUUUGAUCUUUGAACAUAGUCGGGCUACUCAGCCCAUACUGAUCUUUCUGCCGCCACCUGGCCACCCUACAGCCACCCUGCAUCCUGUGACUGUCAUCCGGAAACUGGCUGCCAACCAUGGAAAGACACAGAAGAAUCUGCAUGUGAUAGCACUGGGCUCUCAAGACUGGGACCCUGUGUCAGCUACAGUCAACACUCUAUGCCAAUCUAUGCUCCAGGGGCACUGGUUGGUGCUGGAUAACUGUCAUUUGAUGCCCCGUUGGCCAAAAGAGCUGCUACAGCCAUUGCUGGGAUUGUUCAAUGGAGCCAAGGACUCAGAACUGUUAGCAGAACCAGAAAGCAGGAAUGUGGCCACUGUACACAAUGAUUUCCGUCUUUGGCUGAUUGUGUCUACUGAGGCCAGUGCUUCCUUGCCAGGGAUGCUGACCCAGCACUCCAUGCCUGUUUUCUGGGACCAGUCCUUAGAACUGGGCCGUAUCUUGAUUGACAGUGUGAAUUCCCAGCAAGGACUCUGCGCACAACCCCUCACCCAGACAAUGCCUUUGUUCUUCCUUCAUGGCCUCCUACUACACAGACAGCUCUAUGGGUUAAAGCUGCAAGCGCACAGGGGGCGCUGGAGUCAGGUGACCUUGACCAAGGCUCUUCAGACCCAAGAGCAGCUGUGGACCAGUCUCAGCAACCCCAGUGCUGCCUUGCUGGAGCUGGCUGUUGAAGUUUUCUAUGGAGGUUCUUUGAGGGACUUGGAGGACAGAGAGGCCCUGGCUAGCCUGACACGAGCCUGCCUGGAUCCCAGGAGCACGAACAGGGUCCAGCCACACACACCUCAGCAUCUGCUGGCCACUCUGAUGCCCAGCCCAGAGUUAGGGAAGCUGGAUGCCAUGACGGAGUUCAAUGCCCGGAUGUACCUACUGCCCACACCAGCUGAACCUCGCAGCUGUGGGCUAAAUGAAGGGCCCAAGGCCUGGCUGUUGAGACGCCAAAGUCGUGCUCUCCUGAAUAUGCUGCAGCAGUGUUCACCUGUGUGGGUUCCUUCAGUGUACGGAGGACUCACCCACUACAAAGAAAGGCGACUUCGACAUCGCCUGGUGCAAGCCAAGAAGAGGCUGGUGGCACUUCAGGCUUUGCUAACCAACUACUGUUGCUCAAGCCAGUGUGCCACCCCCUGGGCGGUGCUUGGGCCCAGUGCCCGGCAACCUCUGGAGGGCUUCUUGGAGACCGAGGUGCUGGAACUGAGACAGCUGGUGGUCAUACUGCAGCGUGACCUUGACUGCCUACUGCAGCAGCUGAAGGGUGAGACCCCGUGCACUUCCAGCCGCUGUGCCGCGGUGGCCCAAGCUCUUUGGGCUGGUCGCCUACCUCGGCCUUGGAGAUCUCAUGCACCUGCUGGUCCACAGCUGCCUUGGCAAUGGCUACGACAACUGUCCCGCCGUGGGCAACUGUUGGUUCGCUACCUAGAGAGCGAUAUGAGCGAAAAUGCCAACAAACCAGAGCGCAUAUUUCAUCUGUCAGCUUUCCGACACCCCCGUCGCCUGCUGCUAGCGCUGCGUUGGGAGGCUUUCCUGCAUAACCUAGGCUCUAAAUCCGGCAGUUCGCACCCUAGACAUCAGGAGCUGAACAACCACCCUCUGCAUAUCCGGGUGGAGAACAGCCCAAAUCCCAAGGUUCCAGAAAUGGGACUGCUGCUGAUUGGGUUACAACUCCAGCACGCAGAGUGGGACCAGAUAGCUGGGGCCUUGCAGGAUAGUUUUUCCAGCCAACCCAGCCCUCUGCCUCCUGUCAGCAUCAGCAUACAAUCUUGGAGCACCAAGGAAGCACCAGUCUCAGGUGGCCUGAGUGUGUAUUCCUGUCCUGUAUAUAUGACCGGGCCCCUUGGCACCACCAAGCUGCACAGCAAGAACAUCCUGAUGUACCUGCCACUACCCACAAAACUCAGCCCCGACACCUGUAUCCAACGGAGAGUCCAUGCGUGCAGCCCAGCCUUAUCCUGAGCCCAAAAUAAAGCUGUAGUGAUGCCAGUAAUCACUUUUGGGACAUGGGAGAAGAUUGGAGUGUGUAGAGAGUGAAUGUGACACAACGAGGUUAAAGAAUGCUACUGAUAGAGAAGGGGCACAUGUACAGAACAAGUGGGGCAAAGGCUGUGGGUACAUGGGCCUGCUGUCGUGUUUACCAGGGGAUCGGCAGAUCUUCAAUGGCUAACACAGAAUUUUGGGUCCUUGCACAGCUCUCUACUAUGGUCUCAGCAGUUGCGCUAAACAUAUCCAGUGGGUGUUUUCUGAAUGUAGAACCCUAAA